CUGAGUUAAAGUUUGACUUCAGCAGGAAGCACUGCAAGACUGAAACCUUCAGUCUGUUGAGGAUAGGAGCUCUGCUGACAGGUUUUGUUGCUCAGGAUGAUGAGAGGUGCACGUUUGCUGUACUUGACCCUUCUCGUCAGCACUGCUCAUGGGAUAGGUAUGGAGGACAAAAAGGGGCCAUUAGGACAUAAAGUUUUAGAUGUACCAGAGGCCACACCUGUGCCUUAUGCUGUUUACCAGUUUACAUCUGCAGUUGAAGGUGUUUCUUCAUACCAUGUUAAUGGAGAAACAGAUGGAAAGAUCAGUAUCACUUCAGAUGGCUGGCUAUACCUGGAGGAACCUCUGGAAUGGAGCCCUGAUAAAAGCCACCACCUAGAUAUUGAGGCACGGUCAGCAGAUGAUGAAAUUAUUGAUGGGCCUUACUCAGUUGUCUUGCAAGUUGUUGAUGUCAACAAUAAUCCUCCUGUCUUUAGUGAAAGUCAGUACAUUGGCAGAGUUAGAGAGCAUUCGCCUGCAGGAGUUCCAUUUGUGCAGGUGUUCGCUUCAGAUCCGGAUGAUCCUAACACACCAAAUGCUCAACUGAGAUUUAGCAUUGUGAACCAAAUCCCCAAUAUCGCAAACACAUUUUACUUCGGCAUCAAUCCAGACAGUGGGGAGAUCUUUAUAACAGAGGAAGGAGAAGCGUUUCUGAGGGCGAGGCCCACAUUAAUGUACAGCCACGGGGAGGUUCGUGGCAGUCCUGAUGUUCUGAGGAGAAAGUUUGAGAACUUCUGUGCUCCUAAGAACAACAUAUCUCUUGAGAACAACCCAUUUUACACAUGCGUCGAGCGUGCUGAGAGAAGACAACUGAAUCUUCUUCAAGAUCCAGACUAUGCUGUGAUUGUUAGAGUAGAGGAUAUGGGAGGUGGGGCUCCAAAUGCACUGAGCACCACAGCACGGGUCAACAUUGCUAUCAUUCAAAACCUCUGGAUCAACCCUGGACCAAUCAUCAUCAGGGAAAAUAUUGAAGGGGAAUACCCCAUACGUGUUGCAUCGGUGCGCUCCAAUGAUCCCAACGCAAUGUACAGGCUGGUACAGAAAGAAAGGGUUCCCUUCCCAUUCACCAUAAAUGAAGAUGGAGAGAUCUAUGUUACUGACCCUCUGGACAGAGAAGAGAAGGAUAUGUACAUAUUGGUGGUAAUGGCAGAAGAUGAACAGGGUGUUGAGCUGGAAAAUCCCAUGGAAAUUCAUGUGAGGGUGGAGGAUGAGAAUGAUAACUUACCUGUGUGUGGUGAAGCUGUGUUUGAGGUGCAGGAGAAUGAGCCCAUGGGUUAUCUGAUUGGUGUGCUGCCUGCUCAUGAUGAUGACGAGGAGAACACACUGAACUCGUUACUAACCUACACACUUGUGAGCCAGACCCCUACCAGGCCAUCUGAUAAAAUGUUCAGCAUUGACCAGGUCAAUGGCAAAAUCCAAGUGGCCAAACAAAACUUCCAGAGGAAAGAGGUGCCUCAGUAUGAGCUCACCUUUUCUGUGAGCGAUGGAGUUCACAUCACGAAAUGUACAGCAAUCAUCAAGGUCAUUGACAUCAAUAACGAGAUACCCAUCUUCGAGAAAAAUGAUUAUGGAAUUUACAGUGUUCCAGAAUUGGCUGAAUUGGGCACCAUUUUGCUCACCAUCAAAGCCACAGAUGCAGAUGACCCAGGAACAGGAAGCUCUAAGGUGGAAUAUCACAUCACUGAUGGAGACCCACAUAACGUCUUUGCCAUUGAGGUUGAUGAAACUACUGGAGAAGGCAGAGUCUACAUCGCUCAGCCAUUGGAUUAUGAGGUCCAGAGUUCUUAUAAACUACAGAUUGAUGCCCGUAAUCCCGAGCCCCUGAUUAAGGGGGUGGAAUAUGAUAAUCGUUCUAGAGCAGUUGUCGUCAUUAAGCUUGAAGAUGUGGACGAACCCCCAGAAUUUGAAGUGGAGUCUCUCAAUGUCAAUGUGCCAGAAAACCUCACCGUUGGGACUGUAAUAAUGAUGGCUGCAGCCAAAGAUCCAGAGGGAAAGACUCUCAAGUUUAAGUUGGAAGGGGAUGAGCAGAGUUGGUUCGAGCUAGACAUUGACACUGGAGAGCUAAAGACUAAAGCUGCACUGGACAGAGAGAUGGUUGAGCAGAUCACGCUCAAAGUUACUGCUUAUGAGUCAGAGGGUGAUAAGCAAGAGGCUGAGAUGAAGGUGGUCAUCCAUCUGCUGGAUGUGAAUGACAACUACCCUAAACUGCAAGAGACGCAGGGCUUUAUCUGCGUGCAGAAGAUGACCCCUUUGAUGCUCACUGCUGUGGAUAACGAUGGCCACCCCUUCCGAGAGCCUUUCACCUUCUCCAUGCCCCGCAAGUCACCAAACUGGGAGAUAAAAGCUGUGGAUGGAACUUCAGCACAGCUCAUUCUAAAGAAGAAGCCCUCAUCUUAUCAGAACGUCUCUGUUCCCAUCAACAUCAAAGACAAUGAUGGGAUGGGUAUCACCCAGAGGUUUGAUGUGAGUGUAUGUAACUGCACUUCUUUGGGCUACUGUUACGUCGAGCCAGCUGUUCAUAGCUGGAAGCUGGGCAUGUCUUCCACCAUUGGCAUACUGGCAGGAGUGUUUGGCUUCAUCAUUAUUUUCCUGAUCAUUGCUGUGUACCGAAUCAAGAAGAAGGAGAAGAAGAGAGCAGCAGCUGGUGGAGAGACUAAAGCCAUGCUCUGAAUCCACUGUCUGGAUAACAUGCAAACUGCACACACUCCACACAUUAAAGUGACAUCCAUGACAAACUCCCCCACACCCCCAUUAUUUUGGAAGGUGGUUGUGCUGCUUUUCUUUCUUUCUUUUUUUCUUUCAUUUUUUCUUCUUUUUUUAAAUAGACAUUUUUUGACAUUAAAUAAUAUGUUCAAGAUUUGCAUUGUCUGGUAGUUUUACCAGUAACUUAUUUGCUUUGUGGCCUGGCAGUUCUUUUAAAUGUUUUAUAUUUAAAUACUCUAAACAUUUGAGCUUAUUUUGUCUGAACAAUUUAAUUUUCCCCAUGGUAUUUGUAGAGAUUGUGUUUUCUGGGGAUUUUGAACAUUUGUGAUAUGUUUGUGGUAUAAAUUCUUUCUUAUCUAGAGAGUACUUAGAAAUGUGUAUCUGUUGCCAUAAAAUACGUAUGGAUUAAAUCUAUUGAAAAACAUUCAAUCUUAUAUUUAUUCCCCAUUUAUCCAAGAAUCAACUCGAAUGUGUAAAAAAAAAAAAUUGAUAGUUCUUUUUGGGUUUUUUUCUCCAAAGAAUGUCUUGAGCAGGUCAAAGGACAGUUUCUUUCUAAUGCCAUUUCAUUCUGCUGGGUAAUUUCAUCAUGGAACAUGGCAGAAAAAUUACAGAAUGACAAAAAAUUUACUUAUUUGCCUUUAGAAAAUUGUAAUUGUUCAUUCUGUAAAUAAAAUUCUACUUCUGUACUGUU